GUUGAAAAAGGUAGAGAAGCGAUAAUAGAUGAACUGGAGUCGUGGCCGCUCUCAAUUUUGCGAUUGUGCGAUUUUGGAUAUACGACGAACAAUCGUUGUAGAUCCGGCGACUCGUCUGACAGUGACAACACCUGUCGUAUGAGUCGUAUCACUCGUAUCUGACAUUUGUGGCCCAACGUGACAUCGUAACUGAUCAACGAUAACAUGACAGGUUAUGGUCAAUUUAAAAAGUUAAAAAGCGUUUGAAAAAGGAUUCUACUGUUACAACAUUUAUUCUCUCUCCAAAUGAUAAUUUUUCUCGCACACACUCUAACGCACAUUCGCACGUAGUCGUUCCUAAUCAAGUCCUAAAAAAAGGAUUCUACUAUAUAUUGUAUACAAUAGUUAUUGGAUAUCUUCUAAAUAUUUGAUUAUUUAUCAAAUAUACAUACACAACAUAUAGUUCGAUUGCUUAUAUGGUUGGAACAUGACAUCCUCAAUAGGACGCAAGAUUCUUACAAAAUUGUGUAGGAACCGAUUGAACAACUUGUCAUCACGAAUUAUCGCCGCAAAAUUCAGUGUAGCAGCCAAGGAAGAUGCGGACUCCACGAAAAAUAUUAUUCCAGCUCCUCAGCCGGGAAAGAUUCAGGCUGCAUUGUUGAAGAAGUUUUCCAGUCCUCUUGUUAUAGAAAAUAUAGAACCGCCAAAAAUAAUACAAGCAAAUGAAGUUCUUAUUGACGUGCAUUAUUGUGCUUUGAACACUUCCGACAUGCUUCUCAGUCAGAAUUUAUAUAUAUUUGAGCCAAAAUUGCCGAAGAUUCUUGGUUACGAAGUUGUUGGAAAAUUAAUUGAAGUUGGCGCUGAUGCUGAAAAGAAUGGCUACAAAGUUGGUGACAAAGUUGCUGCUCUUAACAAAGAGCGAUAUGGAGGCUUGUCUGAGAAGUGUCUGGCAGAAGUUGGGGACAUUUGGAAAGUAUCUUCUGAAAUAAGAUCUGUCGAUGCUGUCAGUAUUUUGGACAACUACAUUACUGCUCUUGUUGCUCUCGAAAGAAAAGUCAAUAUUGAAGAAGAUGAUAUGAUCUUAAUAAAUGUUGGCGUAAGCGGCAUUGGUUUGGCAGCAGUUGAUCUUGCAACAAGUGUUUUCAGAGCUCAGGUCAUUGGAAUUUGCGCUACUGAGGAUGGAGCAGAUCUAGCCAGAGAAAAAGGAGCAUUUGCAUCUCUCAAAUAUAAGGAUAAGAAAUUAUUAAAACAGAUAGAAGAGAUUGCAGCUGAACGAGACAUCAGAGCUAUAUUCGAUGACGCCAGUGGAGAGUAUUUCAAGAAAGUGUUGAAUUGCUUUACCGACGUCUACAAAGACACGACGUUAAAGGACUUGCUACGCGACGACAAUUUUGCCGUGGUGGUACAUCAUUUAUCCCGCGAAGGGCGCGUGAUCAUAGCCGGCACGGCGAAGACCAUGACGGACGUUCAUUCGGAAGUGCAGAAAGGUUCGUUCAGCGUUACCGGCCUUAAUCUUGCGGAAUAUAGAAAGAAAAAACCUGACGUAUAUCGCCAAGCGGGAGAUGAGGUUCUACAGUUUUUCGAAGAAGGACUUAUUAAGCCAUCUUGUUCGUUGCUUGUCGGCCUUCACAAAAUCAAUGACGCCUUGGAAUUUGUCUCAAAAAAUAAACCUUCGGGAAAAGUCGUAAUUGACAUUAGAAACAAGGAUGCCGAUGCAGUGAAGACAACAGGAUGAGCAAGUUUAUUGCGAUCUAGUGUUAUAUUAAUUCUAGUGUUGAUAUUAAAGUAAGAGAAAAACAAUUCUUUACACAGUGAUAUUUUUUACGUUUAAAUAUUAAGGCAAGGAUAUAUCUUGCGUAAGAAAUUGUGUGUGUUAUAUGUAUAUAGCGAAGAAUACGAAUGUCAUCAUCGAAGUGUUUAAUACAGUUUUCUUU